AUGAGAUGCGAGAAUGGGUAGAACUUUUCCUCUCUCCAGAUUCAUCCGGAGGGAUGACACAUGGCUGCUCAGGGUCCAGAUGCCGCUCCUCGGGGUGGAGAAAGGGGCCCUGCCCCGCAGCAACCAGGCGGAAGCACCUGUGCCAUUGGUCCAGCGGCCGCUCCCACCUGCGCGGAGCCUAGGGACCGCGAGCGCAAAGUCCGCGGCGCCGGGCCGAGGAGAAGGCGGCCGGCAGCGCAGGUGGGCCCCGGCCCGCGGUCAGGCACGAUGCCCCUGGGGCUGCGGGUCAAGAAGAAAGACAAGUCCAAGGAGACCUGCGCGCUGGUGGAGGGCGAGCCGGAGGGCGCGGACGGCAGCCACCUCCCGGCGCCCCCGCGCUCCCCGGCCAGGCUGGUUUUCUACACGCAGCUGGCGCACGGCAGCGCCACGGGCCGAGUGGAGAAUUUCUCCAACAUCCGGGAGCUCUACGCCAAGAUCGCCGGCGUGUUUGAGAUCUCGCCGUCCGAGAUCUUAUAUUGCACUUUAAACACACCUAAAGUUGACAUGGAAAAACUCUUGGGAUCACAAAUAGGUCUUGAAGAUUUCAUAUUUGCCCACGUGAAAGGGAUCAAAAAAAGUGUGAAUGUGUAUAAAUCUGAGGAUUCACUUGGUCUCACCAUUACAGAUAAUGGUACUGGCUGUGCUUUCAUAAAGAGAAUUAAAGAGGGCAGCAUAAUUGACUCAGUUAAAACAAUCUGUGUGGGAGAUCAUAUUGAAUCCAUAAAUGGAGAAAAUAUUGUUGGGUGGCGUCAUUUUGAUGUUGCUAAGAAGUUAAAGGAAUUAAAAAAAGAGGAACUCUUUACCAUGAAUUUAAUAGAACCUAAGAAGGCAUUUGAAAUAGAGCCAAGAUCCAAAGCUGGAAAUACCUCAACAGGAAAAAUUGGUACCGGAAGGGAGACACUUCGCCUGAGGUCAAAAGGUCCUGCCACUGUGGAAGAAGUGCCCUCUGAAAACAAUGCUAAGGCAAUUGAAAAGGUUGAUGGUCUUCUUGAGACGUACAUGGGAAUUCGAGAUAUUGAAUUAGCUACCACAAUAUUUGAAGCUGGAAAGGACAAACGUAAUCCAGAUGAGUUCGCUGUGGCACUUGACAAAACUCUUGGAGACUUUGCGUUCCCAGAUGAAUUUGUCUUUGAUGUUUGGGGAGCCGUUAGUGAUGCCAGACGAGGAUUAUGAUGUGGCCGGUCCAUCACUGGAGAAACGAACCAUUAUUCCUGUGUGUAUGUGUGUGUGUUUUUAAAUAAACCUAUAAGGUCUGUUUUUGGACACUGGUUUGGUUUUAUGUGUAUGGAAUACAUUCUUUUUUUUGAAAUAUAAUUUUGAUUUCUGGGUACUUUUUAAUGCAAUUGAAUAUAUAGGAUGCUUAAGAUAAAUUACCUAAAAUUUGACCAAUUUUAAUAUCAUUUAAAAGUUAUUUUUAAAGCAAAUUUUAGGGAGUGUUUCUGGAUAGAUAAUUUUGUUCCCCAUUAAUACCCAUGUUUGGUUUUCUACAUGUAAGUAGUUGAUUGCAAUAGCUUUGUAGUUCUUUUGCAAAAUCUUAAUGCUGUGAAAAUUAGGCUUGGAAUAUGACUUGCUUCAUAGCAUCUUCAUUUUGUUAUGUGAGCUUGAAUAGGAUAUGCUCAGGAAAUAACAUGUGAAUCACACCUGCUGUAGGUCUAGAAGCACUGUUUUAAUUUUCAAUCCACUGAGUAAAGGGAGGAGGGUUUCUAUAGCCUGUUGAUGUCAAUGACCUACUCUCUUUGUAAAACAAGGAUUGAUUGACUUUUAUAUUUUGCUUCUUUGUAAAUUGCUGCUUUGGUUCUUAAAACCUAUUGUUGAAAUCUACUGCGCUGUGCAUUUGUUUGCAUGCGUGGAAGAAGGGUGAAAAGGACAGAGAGGGUAGAAAUCACGUAUACUUGAUUUUUGUAAAACACUUCUUGAAACAUUGUUUCUUUUUCCACCCGUACCUACUUUUUAUGUUACCCUUUGUAAGCACUCCAGGGAAAGUUUUUAUAGUCUUUGUAGAACUUUUCUUUUGAAAGAGAUGUACUCAGGAAAUAACUAUGUUUGAGAACACUUUUUGGGUGGAAGAGCAAUACAUCUCUCAAACAUUUAAACCCCCUAAACUUUAGAGGAGAUAGUGUCGGAAAUAAAGGAGGAAGGGAGCAUUGGGAAAAUAUGUUAGCCUAUUAUUUUAGAGUUCUAACAGACCCGCUCUAACACCUUACAUUAUUGAGAAAAUUGAGGGUAAAUGAUUGUCCUAUCACUUUUAUUGGACAUUUUACAGAGGCAAGGAAAAUGGAAAUGAAUGGCUUCAACUCGGAUCAGUAAUAAGGAAGGGCCUGGUGUGACGGAGCAUUCUGCUAAAGUGCUAGAUGGAAAAUGCUGUGUGCUGCCAUGGGAAUCAGAAAUCAUAGCCUGUGAGGCCUGUAUUCUAGGAAAUCAGAAGCAGUUCCCUUUUCCCGCUGGGUUAAUGAUUAGAUAACUCUUGUUUUCUGAUGCAACUUUACUUUUGCUGCCAUCCACUCCACUUUCACAUAAGUUUAAUGCCAUGUAGCUGAUCUUCUGUGUCUCAUUCAUCUGAAACCUGCACAGAAGCUGUUUUAGUUAUUAAUGUGUAAUAAAAGUAAUGAUAGAAUGUGAAUGGUCU